AUGUCUGGACUGCCCGCUAUUCUCAAAGCUACCGAAGAGGACAUCAAGCUCCUUCUCUCUGCCCAGUCCCACUUGGGUACUAAGAACUGCGAUGUCCACAUGGAGCCUUACGUCUGGAAGCGUCGCGCUGAUGGUGUCCACAUCAUCAACAUCGGCAAGACCUGGGAGAAGAUCGUCCUCGCUGCCCGUAUCAUCGUCGCCAUCGAGAACCCCGCCGAUAUCUGCGUGAUCUCUGCUCGCCCCUACGGUCAGCGUGCUGCCUUGAAGUUCGCCUCGCACACUGGUGCCCAGGCCAUUGCCGGUCGCUUCACCCCCGGUACCUUCACCAACUAUAUCACCCGUGCCUUCAAGGAGCCCCGUUUGAUCAUCGUCACCGACCCCUUGACCGACCACCAGGCCAUCAAGGAGGCCUCGUACGUCAACAUCCCCGUCAUCGCUUUCGCCGAUACCGAGUCCCCUCUCAAGUACGUCGAUGUUGCCAUCCCCACCAACAACCGCUCCAAGCACGCCAUCGGUCUUGCCUACUGGUUGUUGGCCCGUGAGGUCCUCCGCCUCCGUGGCACCAUCUCCCGCUCUGCUCCUUGGGAUAUCAUGGUCGACAUGUUCUUCUACCGUGAUCCCGAAGAGAAGGCUGAGGAGGAGGCCGCUGCCGCCGCUGCUGCCGAGGGUACCGUCGCUGAUGUUGCUGGCACCUGGGCUCCUGGUGAGACUAACCCUACCGGCGAGUGGACUGGCGAGGUCUCUGCCCCCGUUCCUGCCACCGGUGACUGGGCUGCCGAUGCUGCCACCGCUGACUGGUCCGAGGCCCCCGCCACUGACUCCUGGUCUGCUUAA